ACAUGAUCAUGCCACUAUUUGAAAGGUCCAUAUAGCUUGAAAUCUGUACACAGAGGGAAUAUGAGCAAGUGAGAGAGGAGAGAGAAAGAGAAGCCAUGGGAAGACCUCCUUGCUGUGAUAAAGUUGGAAUCAAGAAGGGUCCAUGGACCCCUGAGGAGGAUAUUAUUCUAGUGUCUUAUAUCCAAGAACAUGGUCCAGGAAACUGGAGAUCAGUUCCUACCAAUACUGGGCUGUUGAGGUGCAGCAAAAGUUGCAGGCUUAGAUGGACUAAUUAUCUCAGACCCGGAAUUAAGAGAGGAAAUUUCACACCUCAUGAAGAAGGGAUGAUAAUUCACUUGCAAGCUUUAUUGGGUAACAAAUGGGCAGCAAUUGCUUCAUAUCUUCCACAAAGAACAGAUAAUGAUAUAAAGAAUUACUGGAACACCCACCUGAAGAAGAAGCUAAAGAAGUUCCAAUCAGCUUUGGACCAUCCCAUGGCAGCACAAGACUCAUCAACAACAACAACAACUAACCAGUUUGUGUCAAAGAGCUUCAGUGAGAGAUCAAGAUUCUUGAAUUUGAGUCCCAAUUCUUCAACUCUCAAGCUCAACCAAACCUCCCCCACCUAUGCAUCAAGCACAGAAAACAUUUCGCGGCUUCUUGAAGGUUGGAUGAGAACAUCUCCAAAGCCUAAUAACAAUCAUGAUACUAAUGAUCUAUUUAAAGAGAAAUGGAACCAAAACAGCAAUAACUUGGAGAACCCAGAAGGAAACGUUAGCAUUCCAGUGGCUACAACUUCUCGUCAGUGUUACAGGUCAAAAGCUGAGCAAGAAAAUGGUGGUGGCGGUGGUCUGAUUUCUCAUGAAGAGUUUGAGUCCAUUUUAUCUUUUGAUAACUUGAACAAUGUUGCAUGGGACAAAUCCAAUCGUGAUUCUACCAAUAAUAUUUCUGCUGUAAAGGGUAUUCAUCAAGAUUCUGCAAGUGAAGAGAAGGAGAAUGAUAUUAUUGCUGAGGCAGAGAAGAAGCAGAAAUCUGACAGUAAUCCUCCAUUAUCAUUUCUUGAGAAGUGGCUCUUGGAGGAAACUGGUGCUGGUCAAGUGGAAGAGUCCAUGGAACUGUCUUCAAUAUUCUGAUCAUGAUCUCGUCCUUCAUCAUCUUCUUUUUUUAAUUUUUUUGGAAGUUUUAAGAGCUACAAAUUAAUCAUUGGACAAAAAAAGUUCACCAGGGACGAAGAAAAAAAAAAGUGAUCUGAUCUCUCUAGGAUAUAAUCUUUUAGCUGGGGGUUCUGAGAAGUUGGAAUCUCUUAAUUAGCAAAUGUAAUUAACUUUAGUGUCUUAAAACCCAUUCUGAUUGAAAUAAUUAAGCAUUUCCUUUCUUUA